CGGCCGCCGGACCAGCGCCGGCUCCCGAUCUUAUACACACACAGAAGGCCAGGAAGGAGCCGUAGCUAGGCCAGCUCCUUCAGCUCCAGGGCAUACUGCCUAGCUGAGCCAUGGAGGGAGCUCCCGUGACCGCAGCCACAGGGGCCUUGGGCCCCGUCGUAGCCAAGUUGGGUGCUCUGCUGGGCAGCCAGUACAAGCUUCGGCGCCGGACUCGCAAGGACGUCAAGUUCAUCAAAUCCAAGCUCAAGUCUGUGCACUCUAUCCUUUGGGCGAUAUGGGGGAAGGAGACUCUUGAUGCGCAAUCCAAGGAGUUGAAGAAGGAAGCGCUGGAUCUCACCGAUGAUAUGCACGAUGCCAUCGACGACUUCAUCCUCACCGUGGAGCCCAGUCGUAGAAACAAGCACAUGAAGAUACAGAUCAAGAUGCAAGCAAGCCCCUUCCAAGAUUUCAGGACAAGAGUAGAUGAUGUGUCAGCCCGGUGCCGCGGCAAGUGGAAGUGGGAGAAGAACAAGUGUGCUGAACCCAUCUCCAGCUUAUUUUCAAGAAGAAACGCCAAUUCCAGCGCCUCCAGCAAACCGCCUCCUCCUCGAGCUCCAUUUGUCCGGAAGGAUGCAUCAAAGCUCGUCGGUCUGGACACAUGGAGGAAUGAUCUCAUCAGAUACCUGGUAGGAGAUGAAGAGACCACAACGGUGCAGCCGCAACUCAAAAUGGCAUCCAUUGUUGGAAUGGCCGGUGUGGGGAAAACAACCCUUGCCAGCCUUGUUUACGAGGAGAUUGGAAAUAAGUUCCAGUCCCGGGCUUUUGUGUCUCUCACUCCAACUCCCAACAUGAAGGAGGUUCUCACGAGUAUUCUCCGACAAGUAGGAGCUGAACCACUUGCUGGUGCCGAAGCAAGGACAGAGGAAGAUAUCAUCCACACCAUAUCGAAUUUCCUAGAGGACAAAAGGUACCUAGUAAUAAUUGAUGACAUAUGGCAUCGUGGAGAAUGGGAGAUCAUCAGCAAGUCUUUUCCAGAAAAUACUCUGGGCAGUAGAAUUGUCAUGACAAGUCGUAUUGAUCCUAUACCAGGAGAUGAUUUGGAUAAUAACAAGUUGUACAUCAAAAUGAAUCCUAGAUGGGAUUUUUCAAAUGGAAAAUGGUUGUACGGGCAUGAUAGAUUCCUCUACACAACUGAUGAGGAAGAUGUGGCUGCUCGGAUGAAGCCUGACAUGGUUGGAGAAGGUUUUGACUGUGACCAUCCUAUUGUGCGCAUGUGUGGUGGUGUCCCGUUAGCACUACUUUGCAUGUUUUCAGCAAUGGCAAUGGUCCGACAGCAACAAGAACAACUAGGGGUACGUGUAAAGGUACAUGAUGUGCAAGAUAUGAUUGAGAAGCAAGUUAAGCAAAGUGGAAUUCAGAACACUCCAGGGUUCGAACCGUUGGUAGAGAGCUUGGAGCUUGGCUACUAUGAUCUUCCUCACCAUAUGUUGAAGACCUGCUUGUUGUACUGCAGUGUAUACCCUGAGAAUUACCCUUUUCACAUGAACGAUUUAGUCAUGCGAUGGGUAGCUGAAGGAUUUACUUAUAAAGAGGAUGUAGCAAAAGAUUACCUCAAAGAGCUUGCCAACAGGGGGUUCAUGUUGCGGGCCCCUGAAGGGGUCUACCAAAUGAAUCCGAUGAUGCGAAAUUUCCUUAGAUGGAAAUCCCGUGAAGAUAAUUUCAUUACUUGCAGUUCUGACAUCACAUUGGCAUAUGCAUGCCGAAUCCAUCGGCUAUGUAUCGAUGAUUAUCUAGUUGAUGACGGUGCGGUGGAGGUGGUGGAUCCCUUGUUGGAACUGGAUUGGUCCCAGAUUCGAUCUCUUGUUGUUUUUGAAGGUGCUAAGAGAUAUGUCCCUUUUGAGAAGUUGGAACGUGUGCGGGUGUUGGAUCUUCAAUAUUAUCAUCAUCAUCUUGAAUUCCAAAAGUCUCAUUGGAAUCCUUUUGGGGAUUUUGGAUUUGAGGCCCUUGGAAAUCAGCAUGUGAAGCAUAUAUGUGGGCUGCUCCGUGUGAGGCACCUAUUUGGCCUAGAAGGGACAGGAAUCAGUGAGAUACCACCGGAAAUAGGAAGGCUGCAGCAUCUGGAGACAUUACAGGUAAGAUUUACAUGGAUCACAGAGUUACCCUGUGAGAUUGGGGACCUACAACAGUUGAAGACUCUGGCCGUGAGUCGCAACGAUAAGCUGGCAGAGCUGCCCAAGGAUAUGGGGGGUCUGCAACAAUUAGAGACUCUGGACCUGAGCUAUAACGACAGGCUCAGGGAGCUGCCACGUGAGAUCGGGAAGCUCCAGAAUUUGGAGAAUCUGAACCUGCAUGGCACCAAGCUGGUAGAGCUCCCUGCGGAGACCGGGAAGUUGCAGCAUUUGAAAGCACUGGAGGUGGGCUGGGCAAGCAUCAAAAGGCUACCCAGUGAAAUUGGGAACCUGCGACACUUGGAGACCUUGGACCUGAGUAACAACUUGGGGCUCACACAGCUGCCUCGUGAGAUGUGGAAACUGCAUAAUUUGAAGCGGCUGCUCUUGAAAGGUACACGGGUGGCGAAGAUACCAAGGGAAAUCGGAGGGCUGAAGAAGCUGGAGAUUUUGAGAUUAGGUGCGACCAUGGGUGCCAUGCCCUGGGAAGCUAGCCAACUUUCGAAAUUGGAGGGAGUGCCCGAGUGCGUCCGCCGAGCCUGGAACAAGAGUGAUCUUGUGUCUUGUGUGUUAGCCAGGGAGAUCUUGUCCGUCCGACUGGUUAAUAGGGUCAGAGCUGAUACCGGGGGCCUAGUCGUUGGCACAAAACACAUGGGAAUUCCAUGGUGGAUCAAGGAUCACUUCAACGACCUUGGCUCCUUGGAUAUCAGGAUGUGCAAACUGGAGGAGCAGGAUCUCAAGAUUCUACGGGAGAUGCCUAGCCUGCAGUGGCUCACGCUAAGGCUGGAAAUUGUCCCAAGAAAGCUCAUAGCCAUUAGCAGUGAAGGGUUCCCAAGGCUCAACAAACUCUUUGUUGACUGCCGCGUUCCACCAGUUAUCACCUUCCAGGUAGGAGCGAUGCCGGGGCUGUUAAGUCUCUGCUUCGAUUUCCAGUUCUACGGUGGCCCACCUCCACCUGCAAAUAAAGACCCUCUGGCUAUGGGUAUCAAGCACCUCCGGCGCCUCGAGGUUGUCUCCUUCAGAUGCAAUGAGGAAUGGUAUGGAGGAGCAGCAGAGAGCAGCCCGUGCAUGAGCGCCAUCAUUGACGUCGUGAGGAAAGAAGCCCAGGAGCAUCCCAACGGCAUCAUCUUUGGUGUCUCUGGCCGCGGACUUGAGUAUUUCCCAGUGAAGGAGAGCUUGGCACGGGAUGUGUCCAGCAGUGGGAGUGGCGCUGAGAAUGCGAUGAAGCGUGAGGAGAAGAAGAGCACACCGGAGGCUUCCAGCAGCAGUGCAGGGACGGGCGAGAUCAACAAGGAAGAGGAGGAGAUCCUGGAAGCAGCAGCCGGCAGCGUGAUUGGGUUUCUUCCUUGACGAGGCCGGCAAAUCAAAUGUACUGUACACGACCCAUCGAGCGAGUCAGGUAAUUAAUCCGUCCGUGCACUCGUGAUCAAUCCGCCUGUCUCGACCAACAACAGACGGAGCACUUAUACACUUGCUUGUACCGACCGUCGUCUUCAUUUGCAGGUUGAUUAAUUGGCUAUUUCAUCAUCCCAAUCAUCUUCAACCAUAUAUAUAUAUAUAUAUAUAUAUAUAUAUAUAUAUAUAUAUGUAUAUGUAUAUGUAUAUAUAUAUUCUUCUUCAGGCUUGCUUGCUUGCUUCCUUGCUUGAAAAUCUUUCUUGUAUCCUCGGCCCAGGAAAUGCUGGGCGUCGUCAAGAUUUGACCACACUAAGGAACAACCCUCCUCCUCCGUCUGGUUUGUGGCCGAGCACCCGUAUAUCUGUGUAUCUAUAUCUGUGUUUGUAUGGCAGGCCGGUGUUACUUGUUACUUCUUUUCAGUGCAACACUUUGAAGGGGUCAUGUAACUUAAUAAUAAUAAUCCAACAAGGGAGCCAACGCUUUGCUACUCCAUCUAGUACUAGGUUUUAGUAUUACGCACUUAUAUUAGUUGUUACCAGAACUCUUCUCCUGUUGUUAUUAUUAUGUUGUAAUAAUAAAUAAAUAAAU